AAAUUUUAGGAGUCUGAAGUUUGAAAAGAAGUCCUAAAACCUGCCUUAUCAAUCAGUUCCACUAUGAUAUAUUGGUCUAUUGUAGCAGUGAGUUUAUUCUGUGUCUUCAGAACUAUUUCUCCAUAGACAGCCGAGAUGGCACUGUAAGGACAGCAGUGAAUAGAUACAGCCAGGAGGAGGUGGCUGAGAUCACCUUUAUGGUGGAGGUGCAGGAUUACAAUGCUGAAAAACCAGCAGAUCAAAGGGCCAAUACGACAGUGUUCCUGAUCAUCCAGCAGACCCAGGGAGGGAACCCCACAUUUGACGCCCCCUGGAGUGAGGUCAACCCCAAGCUGUACUUCUCUCUGAGUGAGUCCAGCACUGGGGUGGGGGCAGAGGUAACCACCCUGGGGGCCACUGACCCCAGUGACGGCAGCAGGAUUACAAACUUUGAGAAGGUCCCCAGUUCUGAUCCCUUGGAUUAUUUUGUUGUGGACAGGACUUCAGGUAGGGUAACACUGAAGAAAAACCUUGACUAUGACGCCAUGGUGCGUAAAGAGGUGAAUGUUCUGGUCAGGGCCAUAGGGAAAAACAUCACCCAGUUUUCCACAGCAGAACUCAUUUUAAGAGUGACCGAUGCCAACGACAACAACCCAGUGUUUCUGGAAAGAGGCUACAGUUUCAGCAUCUCAGAGAACCCUAACAGCGUGUUCAUAGGCAGAGUCCAGGCCAGUGAUAAAGAUGACGGGGACUUUGGCAGAGUGUUCUACAGUAUAUCAGGGCAGGGUGCUGACAACUUUUACAUCAACCCUCAAACUGGUGAAAUUCGGUUGGCAGAUGGCGCCACAUUAGACAGGGAAACAACCCAGGAAUACACCUUGAUUGUGUCUGCUGCGGAUAACGCUAAUGGCAGCAGUACCUCCAGAAAUGAUGAAGUCUCAUUAAAAAUAAAAGUGAUUGAUUACAAUGACCAUGCCCCAGAAUUUGAGAGGUCCGUUUACCAGUUCUUCAAAUACGACAACUUGGAGGCGCAAAGAUCCAUUGGCGUGGUGUCUGCCAAGGACAACGAUGAGGGGAACAACGGUCAGAUCAUCUACACAAUCAACAGUGGGAAUGAAAAUGGUAUGUUCCAGCUGGACCCCCAGACGGGUCUCCUGACGUCCGGUACACCCCUGACUGGGAGGGCCAGGGAUCAACCCUAUACCCUGCAGGUCAAGGCAGAGGACAGGGGGUCACCCAUCCCCCUGUCUAACUACGCCACCAUCCAGGUGACCAUUAGGCCAUCUCUGGCCGCAGACAGCAAGCCACGCUUUGAGGUGCCAGAAAGAGAUGGAGUACAGUUCAACAUUACUGAGGUAAGGAGACGGGAUAGAGUUCAAUAUUCCUGAA